AGGAUUCCCGGAAGUGUCUGUAAUUAGUGAGUUGGAGCAGUUGGAGGCAGCUGGACCGGCGGCAGCAGAAGGUGCUGUCCCAUCAUCAGCUCACACCCAACGGGGCCGCAGCGCACCGCUCCUCCGGCCGAACAUCAUGACACCCGGAUCCAGGACCGCAGCCUGAGCCGCACCGAGGACCGAACCCCCGGUGUACCGCGGGCACGCGCACACAGCCGCGCUUACACGCACGCUCACGCGCGGGACAGCGACGCCGAAGAUCUCAGCGACCCACCGGCAGAUUGACGGAGGGAGCCGCGGAGCCGCCGCUGCGGAGACGCGUCCCGUAACAGAAUCCGGUCCGCGCGAGUCAUUUCACACCCACGCAGAUUUUAAAACAUGUCAUCUUCGGGGAAGGACGCCAACAGCGGGCAUUACGCCAACUAUGUGGGACCGUACCGGCUGGAGAAGACGCUGGGAAAAGGACAGACAGGUCUGGUGAAGCUGGGUCUCCACUGUGUCACAGGUCAAAAGGUCGCCAUAAAGAUCGUCAACAGAGAAAAGCUCAGCGAGUCUGUUCUAAUGAAGGUGGAGCGGGAGAUCGCCAUCCUGAAACUCAUCGAGCAUCCUCACGUCCUGAAGCUGCACGACGUCUACGAAAACAAGAAAUACCUGUACCUGGUGCUGGAACACGUGUCCGGCGGCGAGCUGUUCGACUACCUGGUGAAGAAAGGCCGGCUGACGCCCAAAGAGGCCCGGAAGUUCUUCAGACAGAUCAUCUCAGCGCUGGACUUCUGCCACAGCCACUCCAUCUGCCACAGAGAUCUGAAACCAGAGAACUUGUUGUUAGAUGAGAAGAAUAACAUCAGGAUAGCGGACUUCGGCAUGGCGUCUCUGCAGGUCGGGGACAGUCUGCUGGAGACCAGCUGUGGAUCUCCGCACUACGCCUGCCCGGAGGUCAUCAGGGGAGAGAAAUACGACGGGAGGAAAGCAGACGCAUGGAGCUGCGGAGUCAUCCUGUUUGCACUUUUAGUGGGCGCGCUGCCGUUCGACGACGACAACCUGAGGAACCUCCUGGAGAAGGUGAAGCUGGGAGUUUUCCACAUGCCGCACUUCAUCCCUCCGGACUGCCAGAACCUCCUGCGGGGGAUGAUCGAGGUGGACGCCGCCAAGCGUCUGACGUUAGAGCAGAUCCAGAAGCACACCUGGUACCUGGCUGGAAAAAACGAGCCGGAGCCGGAGCAGCCGGUUACCAGGAAGGUGUCCAUCAGGACGCUGGGCGCGCCGGAGGAGAUCGACCCGGACGUCCUGGAGAGCAUGCACUCCCUGGGCUGCUUCAGGGACAAGGACAAGCUGACCAAAGACCUGCUGUCUGAGGAUGACAACCAGGAGAAGAUGAUCUACUUCCUGCUGCUGGACCGGAAGGAGAGAUACCCGAGCCAGGAGGACCAGAACCUGCCGCCGCGCAACGAGAUCGAUCCUCCCAGGAAGCGCGUCGACUCGCCCAUGCUGAGUCGCCACGGCAAGCGGCGACCAGAGAGGAAGUCCAUGGAGGUUCUGACCGUCACAGAGGGCGGGUCGCCCGUCCCGGUGCGGCGAGCCAUCGACAUGGCAACCCACGGUCAGAGCAAAUCUGUUUUCAGUAAAAGCUUGGAUAUCACAAACGCUAACUGCAGCAAGGAGGAAAGGUCGCGGUCCAUCAGCGGAGCGUCCUCCGGUCUGUCCACCAGCCCCCUCAGCAGCCCCAGGCCCCACCGCCGGUUUUUCGUCCCGCCCCAGUCCCCCGAUCUCUGUCAGUCCCCGAACUGCAGCCCAACGCGCCUGAACGGGGUGGGGCCCCGCGCCCCCUUCCAGCCAAAGAUGGGCUCCCCCCUCAUGCACCCCCGCACGCAGACCCUCCCCGCCAAGCCCAAGGUGUCAGAGAAGCCCCUGCAGACCACCAGGUCCAACCCGCUGCCCCACACGGCCCAGACCCCCGGCGCCCCCAAACCCGAGCCGUCCACGACGAGCCAGCCCCUGGCCCCCAGCAGCCCGCGGACCAGACGCCACCCUCCCCUCACCGUCCCCCCCAAGCUGUCCAUCCCGCUGUCCCCGGUGCCCCCCCUGUCCCCGCUCCGCCGCCACCUCCACCCUGACCACAACGCCAAAUCUGUCCCCAUCACGCAGGUAACCCCCCACCCCUCCCCCAGGGGCAGCCCCCUCCCCACCCCGAAGGGCACGCCGGUGCACACGCCCAAGGAGAGCCCGGCCGGCACGCCGAGCCCCACGCCGCCGCCGAGCCCGUCCAUCGGCGGGAUGCCCUGGAGGACGCGCCUCAACUCCAUCAAGAACAGCUUCCUGGGCUCGCCGCGCUUCCACCGCAGGAAAAUGCAAGUUCCCACCCAGGAGGACAUGUCCAGUCUGACCCCAGACUCGUCUCCAGAGCUGGCUAAGAAGUCGUGGUUUGGGAACUUCAUCAACCUGGAGAAAGAGGAGCAGAUCUUCAUCGUGAUCCGGGACAAACCUCUGAGCUCCAUCAAGGCCGACAUCGUUCACGCCUUCCUGUCUAUCCCCAGCCUGAGCCACAGCGUCAUUUCUCAGACCAGCUUCAGGGCCGAGUACAAAUCCACGGCCGGUCCAACGGUUUUCCAGAAGCCGGUCAAGUUCCAGGUGGACAUCACCUACACAGAGAGCAGCGGCGCCACCAAGGAGAACGGCAUCUACUCUGUCACCUUCACCCUGCUGUCAGGUCCAAGUCGACGUUUUAAGCGCGUGGUGGAAACGAUCCAGGCGCAGCUGCUCAGCUCCAACGACCAGCCGGGCAUCCAGCCGCAGAUAUCCGACGUCUCCCAGCGCUCAGCCAGUAAAUCCUCCAAACGCGGCAGCCCGUUGAGUAACUUCUUUGACGUAAUUAAACAGCUUUUUUCAGACGAGAAGAACAUCCAAGCGUCGCACCCCCCAGGCGCCCCUACCUCGACUAGCUCCCCCACCAAGCAUGCCCCCGGCAGCAGGCCCAGCCAGACCCCGCCCAAUGACUCUAAAUGCCCCCCAGGCAAAGACAAAACAAAGAUGGCCGCCAGCAACAGGACACAGGAACACCCUUAAGGAGCAGUAGCUGUGCAUGACUAGAUGAAAAGCAGGAAUCAGGUCAUUAAGAAGCAGAGAGCUGCUAACUUUACCCUUUAGCUCCGAGUGAAAGUAAAAAGAGAAAAUCUACUUUUUGCCUAUAAAUUUUGUACUGUAUAAUGGGAAUGGCUCAGUUUAAAAGUCGAUCAGUAUUUUAAGAACUAGUAGCAAAUGUAGCUUUGCUGUCCCUCCCCUUGUGUCCCUCUGUGUCCUCCUCACAUGUGUGAUGGCUUGACUUGUCUCUGCCACCAGGGAUCAUCCAUAAUAGCUAUUAACCUCGACGGCUCCUCAGCUGCAGCCCACUCACGGCCCGCCGCCGCCGCCGAACCGAGCCCGACGCUGAGGGAAAGGCGGAGCAUCCCUUUUGAUUCCACUUCACCCGACAUUACCAAACGCAGACCAUCUCAGAAGAGUUGUAAAAAGGAAAAAAGGCCUUAAGACAGUGAUGUUUGUCCUCCUCUUCAUCCUUUUUCUUCCACUUUUCCCCACAUGUACAUACAAAAAACUACAAAACUGACUCCUUUCUGGGAUUUCCUGACUUGAAUCGGAGGCGGACGGAGGGACGGACUCUGGUUUCUUUUUAAAGUUGAGUUUUUUGUGGCUGAUUCUGGUAACCCAGGACAGUACAGGGCGUUCUGUGAUGUUCUAAAGAUGAAUGAUUUCUUCUGUUGUACAGGCCAGUUGGUGAUCUGUGUUGUGACAUUAAGUUUUAAGUUGAUUUGUAUUUAUGUUCAGGAGUGGUCACACCAGAAAGGGAUUGAUCCAUUAGCUGGCAUUCAUUUCUGUGUGAUCUUUCUCCUAAUCCUCGUUUAAAUUCUCUAAAUAAACUGAGUUACAGAAUUUAACUUUAACUCAUUUUAUUAAGCUGAGAACUUAAAGUUUAAGUUCUCCAAGUCUGAUGAGACGCAGAAACUUAAAAUGAACAAUUUGUUGGAUACAAAGUUAACAUCCACCCACUCAUCCUCAUCCUCAGUACUUCCAGUGGCUGUGGUUAGCUUAGCCGCCGUCGCUCAGUCACAUGCUAAGGACAGCCUGUCGUUUGUUUACUGCAGCGUGAAUUUCAAAAACUUUUCUUCUUCUUUAUUUACAAACAAUAAUUUUACUGAUUAUAGAAGAGAAAUUUAAACUUCAAAGUAAAGAGUUUUUAAAAACUUGAUUUAUCUGGCAUAAACUUUAUUAAACUUGAGCCUAGAACUGUAAGGCUUAACGUUAAGCUUCAGUGAACACAUCCUUGAUGCUAGCGCCACCUUCUGGUCCAAUUAUUAACGUUCUGGGCCGUUAUUGGCUGUUUGACACUCCAUACAUAAAUACACCAGAUCAAACAUUGUUCUCCUGUUUUCUGUUUAAAAUAAUUUGGUUUUUUUGCAGCUGGCGCCCUCUGCUGUUGGUUCAGCAGAUUACAACUCUAAAACAUCUUCAUACAGUUUAUCUAAUUAUUUUUACAGUAUUUAAUUUAUUUCAGUUUCGACCCAUUCUGGUGUGACCAGGUUGUUCUUAAAAUGUUUUUCUGUUAUGUUGCACUUUCGACAGCCCUUCGGUUACAUUAAAGUGUUUUUUUUACAUUUUGUUAUUCAGGUUAUUUUUUGUAUUAUCUGCAGGUUUCAGACGAUACUGAACUGCUCUGAAUAUUUUUCUAUUUUAAUGCGUUUUUCAUGAGCUAUUUAUCAGUUAUUUAUAUCAAAGAUGUAGAGAAUGUUCCUGAAAUUGAUUAUUUAAAGAUAUUUUUGUCAUGUUUAAUUUAUUUUUUCUGUUCCUUGUUUGUUGUUUUUGUUGUUUUUUGAGGAGAGAAACUUUGUAACAUAUGUUUGAAACUGAUUUGUUGUAUUUAAGAAUGUAGAUUUAGCCUCUUUGGGAGGAAACCCCGUCUGUUGGGCGAAUGAAGACUCAAACAUUCAUCGUGUAAAUAAGCAGUUUUCCUGACGAGCUUAUUUAAAAAACCAGGGGGAUUCCUGUUCUUAGCUUUGACCUUUGACCUCGUACGGUUGUUUGCAUGUUCAGCAUUCGUCUUUUCUUUGCAUGUCGCUGUUGAAAUGUUCACCGUUCCCUUUUUGAGUCUAGGUUUUUAUGCAUUUUUUAUCUGAGCUUUUCAUUCGUUUUACCUUCAGAUUUUGAUUUUUGAUUUUCAUUCGUUCUUUUGCCAGCCUCUUCCUUCCUCCCCUUUAUAUUUGGUUACUGUAAGCACGCAGUAAACUUGCAUCCUAAUCACUCAUGUUUCUCGGAGACGGACUCGGUUCAGAGGAAACCUAAAGCAAUACCUUCCAUCCUUCGCUUUUUCUACUGCGGGAAUCCAGAGCACACUGAACGGACUCGGAGCAGGAGAACCACUGGCAACGUUUUCCCUUGUGAUGUUACUGUGAACAAAUUCAGUGCUAAAGGAAUAAAUCUGUUGACUUUG